CCAAUCAUAGUACAGCGUCGCCUGUCCUGCAGCCAGUUAUAUUGGAGCAGGGCGUGAGCGAUCGAUGCGCUCUGGGCGUUUCCAGACGUCCCAAAUGUAGGACGGCAGACUUGACUAAUGGAGCGCGGAGUCGUCGUUCGGGGGAAUCGGCAGCUGACAGCUCGUGCGCGCCUAACGCGGAAGUGACACAGCAGCAGUCAACCAUGGUGUUCGAGGCUUUGGUCAGCGACCUGCUCAACAGGUUCAUCGGAGACUACGUGGAGAACUUGGACAAGUCCCAGCUCAAGAUCGGAAUCUGGGGAGGAAAUGUUGUCCUGGAGAACCUGAGAGUGAAGGAAAAUGCACUGAGUGACUUUGACAUCCCAUUCAAGAUUAAGGCUGGACAGAUCGGCACACUGACGUUGAAGAUCCCAUGGAAGAACCUGUACAGCGACGCGGUCGUGGCCACGCUGGACGGCCUCUACCUGCUGCUCGUUCCCGGAGCCACCAUCAAGUACGAUGCGGCCAAAGAGGAGCGCUACCAGCAGGAGGCCAAGCAACGUGAACUGCAACGCAUCGAGGAUGCGCUGCAGAUGGCGGCAAGACGAGCGUCACAAAGCGGCGAGCUGCUCUUCAGUCUGGAAAGUGUUGUUUAUAAGGAAACGCUCAACGUGCCAAAAGGAUUUAAAAAACAUAAAAAGCACAAAAAAGCUCUGAGGAUGUUGAAACGUGAUCACGAGGGCAAGUCAGAGAAACCUCAGGACGAGAAGAAGGACUCCUUCAUGGAGAAACUGGCCACGCAGGUCAUCAAGAACCUGCAGGUGAAGAUUAGCAGCAUACACCUGCGAUACGAGGACGAUGUGUCGGACCCACAGCGUCCCCUGUCCGUGGGAGUCACCCUUGCAGAACUCAGCCUGCAGACCACAGAUGAGAACUGGAAGUUAUGCAUCCUCAAUGAAACGGCAAAGAUCAUCUACAAGCUGGGCCGUCUGGAGUGUCUUUGUGCCUACUGGAACGUCAACAGUCAAAUCUUCUACCGAGGAUCACGGCAAGACAUUGUGGAUCAGCUCAAGUGUGGAAUCAGUUGCAAGGACCAGGAGCUGCCUCACUACCACUACAUUUUCAAGCCCAUCUUUGCUUUAGCCAAAAUCCGCAUCAAUCCCAAUGCAGAGCAGGAACUGGACUCUCCAAAAGCCCAACUGCAUCUGGAGGUCCAGAACAUCGACGUCCAGAUCACCAAACCUCAGUACGUGACCAUGGUGGAGACGCUGGAGUCCAUAGACCGCAUGGUAAAGAACGCCCCCUAUAGGAAGUUCCGGCCGGACGUACCGGUCCAUGCCAACGCCCCCGUCUGGUGGCAUUACGCCUUCAGCAGCAUUCUGGAGGUUCAUGUCCGCCGGUCCAGCCGCAUGUGGUCCUGGUCCAACAUAAGACGGCACCGCCGGCACCUCAGGACCUACAAGACUGCCUACAAGACCAAAGUCCUGAGCCAGAACAAGUUGAGCCCCGACGCGGAGUGCAACCUUCAGGACUUGGAAAAAGUUCUUGACGUGUUCAGUAUCACCUUGGCUCGACAGCAGGUCCAGAUGGAGGUGGUGCGCUCUGGGCAGAAGGUCGCCGCAAAGAAGGCCUCGGGCGGCCAGAAGCAGGGAGGCGGAGGAUUCUUUCGCAGCUUCUUCGGCCGCAAGCCCAAGAAGGAGGAGCAGGAAUUGGAGGAGAGCAAGGAGGCCGAGGGCUCAGCUUUGGAUGGCAUCAUGACAGCGGAGGAGAAGGAGAAGCUCUACACCGCCAUCGGAUACAGCGGAAGCUCUCAUAACCUCACCUUGCCCAAAGAGUAUGUCGCCGUGGUGGUCACCUUCCAGCUGUUCAGGACCUCGGUGACGGUCAGAGAUCAGCCCCACGUGCCGGAGAUCCUCCAGGUCCAAAUGAUCCACCUCAGCACUGAAAUCUCACAGAGACCAGGAGCCCAGGCCCUCAGGGUGGAGGCAUCCCUGCAGCAGUGGAGCGUGACGGGCUUGGAACAGCGCGGCGGCGUUCCGUCUCUCAUCUCGGCGGCGGGCGACCCGGCCUCGGCGGGCGACCCAGCCUCUGUGUCUCUGCUGCGCGUGGCCUUCGAGCUGGCGCCCAACGACAGCCGAGCCAAUUACGUGGUCAGGGUCCACUCGCAGCCCGUGCAGAUCAUCUAUGACGCCAUGACGGUCAACAGCCUGGCAGAAUUCUUCAAGACGGGCAAGGGGGUGGACCUGGAAGUUCUGACGUCAGCGACGCUUUCCAAACUGGAGGAGAUCAAAGAGAAGACCGCGGCAGGUUUGUCUCACAUCAUCGAGACCCGCAAGGUUCUGGACUUGAGGAUCGACCUGCGUUCGUCCUACCUUCUGCUGCCCAACUCCGGAUUCUACUCGGACACCUCGGAACUCAUCGUUGUCGACUUUGGAAACCUACAGUUUAACAGCGUCGAUGAGAACGUGCGCUCGUCGUCCUCGUCGUCGUUCUCUUCUCUGGAGGAGAUCAUGGACCGAGCGUACGAGCGAUACUGCGUGGAACUGAGACGAGUUCAAGUACUUUACAGCAAGUCAGGGGACGAGUGGAAGUCGGCCCGCUUGCAGAACUCGUCGCGGCAGCACAUCCUGCGGCCGCUCCACUUGACGCUGCACUUGUCCAAGUGUAUGGUGGACAAGGACGCCAGGAUGCCCAGGUUGAAGGUUUCGGGCGAGCUGCCUCUUCUGCACGUCAAAAUGUCUGAUGAGAAGAUCCAGAAGGUUCUGGAGCUGAUCCACAGCAUCCCGCUGCCUCGCGGGCGCUCCACAGCCUCGACGCCUGAAGACAAGGUGCCGACUUUGGCCGAGUCACGACCGCAAGCCCUCAACCUUCAGCCCGCGCUCUUCAGCGUGGCUGAGCCAGAUUCAGACGCCAGCGAGAUGUCGCCGGAGGACGAGAAAGAGCGCUGGGCUCUGGAAGAGCUCACCGAUCUUCAGUUCAAGUUCGAAGUUCGAGAGGUGCUGCUGGAGCUGACGCGGCAAGCGAGCCGGGAGAAGACUGUGCUCGCGCUCAGCGUUUGUCAGCUGGGAGCCCAGGGGAAGAUCAGGACCUUCGACAUGAGCGUCACGUCGUACCUCCGGAGAAUCACGCUGGACUACUGCGACGUGCCCGACGGCGCUCCUCUUCACCUGAUCAGAUGCUCCGAGGAGCAGAGCUCCGACCUUCUCAAGGUUGACUUCAUCAAGGCGGAUCUCGGCGGGCCCAGCUUCCGGACGCUCUUCGACAACACCGAGCAAACUCUCAAGGUGGAGUUUUCCUCCCUGGACUUUCUUGUUCACGCUGAAGCGUUGCUGUCCACCGUCGACUUCCUGUCCAGCGCCGUUCCGCAACAACUCCUUUCCAGGCGCAACGCCUCGGCGGACGCCAGGAAGCUGGCGGACAUAGGCCGGGGAAGGACAGCGUCCAAAGGCGCGAAAGACGCGGACGUGUUCAGCUUCAAGUUGCUGGCCGUGCUGGGAUGUUUCCACGUGGAGCUUUGCGACGGCCCGAGCAGCAUCGCCGACGUCCGAGUGCAAGGCAUGGACGCGUCGGUGCUGGUGCAAGCCAAGCAAACGGAGAUCUUUGCUCGCCUCCGAGACAUCGUUGUCACCAAUGUCAACCCUCAGUGCAUUCACAAAAAGGCGGUGUCCAUCGUGGGCGAGGAGGUGUUCAGUUUCAAGCUUUGUUUGUUUCCCGGGGCCACCGAAGGGGACAGCUACGGUGACACGUCCAAGGUGGACGGGAAGAUCACCCUGCGCCUCGGCUGCAUCAAGAUGGUCUACCUGCACAAGUUCCUCAUGUCGCUGCUGAUGUUUGCGGGCAACUUCCAUACGGCCAAAGAAGCGGUGAGCGCAGCCACGGCCCAGGCGGCGGAGAAGGCGGCAUCCGGCGUGCGACACUUGGCCCACAAGAGUUUCCGCCUGUCCACGGACAUCAGGCUGAAGGCACCGCUCAUCGUGGUGCCGCAAUCGUCCACCUCCCGCAACGCUGUCCUGGUGGACCUCGGCCUCAUCACGGUGUCCAACAGCUUCUGCCUCAUGCCCGCCCAAGGAUUCUCACUACCCGCCGUGGUGGACAAGAUGGACAUCAGGCUCACGCAGCUCAAACUCUCCAGAACCACCCUGAGGAGUGACUCGUCUUUGAGUCCGGACAUUGAGAUCCUGGAGCCCAUAAACGUAGAACUUUUGGUCACCAGAAACAUGGCCUCAUCCUGGUUCACCAAGAUUCCCGGGAUGCACGUGCAAGGAGUUCUGCGCUCCCUGAAGGUGAGCGUGGGGGAGGAGGACCUGGGUGUGCUGAUGAAGGUUCUGCUGGAGAACAUCGGGGAGGGAAGUCAAGAGCACUGCAAGGCGAGGGACGACAACAGGGCUCAAGGUGACUUGCAAGAGAAAGUAGAGCUUGGCAAGCGGCACGCGGCGGUGGCGCCAUCACGACGAGGUAGCGGUGGCGUGGAAGAUUCUGUCACUAAUGGCGGUCCCAGUGACAACACUGUCAACGUCCUCAUCAACUUUGAAAUCAGAGAAGUUCUGCUCAGCCUGAAGAAGAAGAAGGUGGACAGCGAGGUCGACGCGGAACGUCCUUUCCUGGUGCUCCAACUUGCUCACCUGGGCAUGGACACCAAAGUGAGAAAGUACGACACCUGUGCCACCACAUACAUCAACAAGAUGACGCUCACCUGUCUGGAGUUCAAAGACUCCAAUGGGGAUCCUUUGUGUCUGGUUAGCUCAUCGGCAGAGUCUGGAGCCGAGCUACUCAAAGUCCAGUACUUCAAGGCUGAUCGCCACGGUCCAAACUUCUCCAGUGUGUACAAGAACACAGAACAGAUGAUCAACGUGACCUUCACCUCCCUAGACCUCAUGCUGCACACCCAAGCUCUCCUGUCCGCUGUCAACUUCCUGUCGGGGGCUCUGUCUUCAGGCGGUGGCGUGGCGUCUCCUGAAAGGACGAUCCGGCUCAAGACUGAAGAUGACAAAAUGACAGCCACGAAGUCCAACGCGUCUGCGUCACCAGAGCUUGGCGAGAUCAUCGAUUUGAAAGUGAUGGUGGCUCUGGGGGCCUUCAACGUCCUGGUGUGUGACCAGAGGAGUAACAUAGUGGACAUCAAAAUCCAAGGUCUUCACGGAUCCCUGUUGGUGCAAGGACCUCAAACUCACAUGUCGGCACGCCUGAGGGACUUUGUCGUCCUCAACGUGGAUCCUGCCAGCAUCCACAAGAAGGCCAUCUCCAUCGUAGGGGACGAGGUGUUCAGUUUCUCAGUCAGUCUGACUCCCAACGCCACGGAAGGCUCCGGGUACGCAGACACAUCCCAAACGGACGGACGGGUCAAGCUGAACGUGGGCUGCAUCCAAGUGGUCUACCUGCACAAACUGGUCAUGGCGCUCCUGAACUUCACCAAUAACUUCCAGACGGCCAAAGCGGCCGUGACUGCGGCGACCGCUCAGGCGGCGGAGAGGGCGGCGUCCAGCGUUCGGGACUUUGCUCAAAAAAGCUUCCGUCUGUCCACGGACAUCAAGCUGAAAGCGCCUCUCAUCGUCAUCCCCCAGUCCUCCACCUCCUACUGCGCACUGGUCAUGGACCUCGGUUUGAUCACCGUCUCCAACGCUUUCUCUCUGCUACCCAUUGAUGGAUGCCCUCUCCCAGCUGUGGUUGACAACAUGGACAUAAGGCUAACGCAGCUCAAACUGUCCAGAAGCACAUUUGUGAGGUCACACACUGAUGUUGGAUCAGAAGGCCUGGCUCUCACUGUCCACUCAAAACCAACCCAAAGGAACUGUUUGGACCCCACUUCAGGUGGACUCUCUCGCGAGCUUCUAGAACCAGUAAACCUGAACUUGAGAGUCAACAGGAACUUGGCCGCAUCCUGGUACAACAAGAUGGCAGCCGUGGAGGUGGACGGCGACCUCAAACCAAUGAAGAUGGCACUGAGCCAGGAAGAUCUGAAGGUGCUGCUGAAGAUUCUGACAGAGAACCUGGCAGAGGCCAACACCCUGGAGCCAAGUGGCCAGAGACCAGGACCCAGUCCACAGCUUCGAGUACCCGCAGGGCCUCAGACAGGUGGCGCCGAGAAGCAGGUGAUCUUGGAUGAAGAGCAGGAUCAAAUUCUGGAGUCCAUCAAGUUCAACUUUAGUAUUGAGUCUCUUGGAUUGGUUCUGUACAGAGAUGAGCCUACACAGUCUCCUGACCAGAAGAACCAGGAGAGCCUCUGUCUAGCCGAGUUUGCCCUCCACCUCCUGAAGGCAUCUGGGAAGGUCUGGAACAACGGUAGCAUGGAGUUAGGCACCAUCUUGACCAACUGCACUCUGGAUGACCAGAGGUCGGGAGUGGACAGGGUCACCUCGCGGAUGGUGAGCCGUCGAGACUCUGAGAGCUCCGAGGUGAUGAUCGACCUGGCCUACCGGCAGAGCGGCGGCGACCGCUCGAUAGUGGCCGUCCUGCAGAAACUGUAUGUGUGCGCCAGCGUGGAGUUCUUGGUGGCCGUGGCUGAUUUCUUCUUGCAGGCUUUACCGCAGCGGCCCCCCCAAAACGCUGGCGGAGUGCCACGUGACAGGCUGGUCUUAAGACAAACGGCAGAACAGAGGACCGAGACCAAGACAGCGUGGCUGUCGAGAACGAGUGUGCAUGCGGUGGUAGUGGACCCGGAGGUGGUGUUCGUGGCCAGCAUGAUGAGGGCGGACGCCCCGUCCCUGGUGGUGUCCUUCCAGUGUGAUUUGAGCCUGGAGGAGGAGGAUGGAACCCAGACCCUGAAGGCCCAACUUAGGGCCCUCAAAGUCCUGGCCUGCCCCUUCAUUCACAACAAGGAGGACAAGACCAUUACCACAGUUUUGAGACCCUGCUCUGUUGUCGUGGAAACCAAAAAAGGUCCCAGCCAACCACUGAGCGGAUCCGUCACGGUGGAGGAGGUCAUUGUCAAGAUUUCUCCGUUCAUCCUCAACACGGUCAGCACCAUAAUGGCAGCCAUGACUGCCAGGCAGCGGUACGGCGACGAGACUGAAGACCGGCGAGAGGACCUCAGAGACCUGUGGAUCACCAAGGAGGUCUACGCCUGUAACUACUGGUUCCUGGGGGUGGACCAGGCCAGCGAGGUCACUGAGAACUUCAUGGACCAGGAGGACCUGAACGUAGGCCAACACUUUGCCGCCCAAGUCAAAGUGAUACAGGUGACCCUGGAGUCCGGUGUGGGUCAUCGUACGGUGCCCCUGCUGUUGGCCGAGUCCUCCUUGAGCGGGUCGGCGAAGAACUGGUCCUCGCUCCUGCAGCUCAAAACCAACAUGACUCUGGAGGUGAACUACUUCAACGAGAUCCACGCCGUGUGGGAGCCGCUGAUCGAGCGCGUGGACGGCGGCGUGCGGAGGUGGAACCUCCACCUGGAGAUGAAGAACAACCCAGUGCAGGACAAGAGUCCGGUCCACGGAGACGACUUUGUGAUUGUGCCAGAAGCGCGCACGGCCGUCAACAUCUGCUCCAGCGACGCCCUGAACAUCACCGUGUCCCGCUGCGGCCUCGAUGUCUUGGGCAGCCUCGCCAAGGCGUUCUCCGAGGGCUCGGCGUCCACCUUCGGCCCGUCCGUGAAGGAGAAAGCCCCGUUCACCAUCCUCAACGCUCUGGGGAUCCCGCUCAUAGUGCAGCACAGCGCCAACUUGAAGCCGGUGGGCGUACCGCAGCACGGGAAACUGCACGAGCUGCUGCCCCAGCGCAGCAUGGACCUGGAACAUUCCGUGUUCGAACGCUCCUCUCGGGGGAAACUGUCGGCUCUGCAGCGCCAGGAGAGCUGCUUGUUCCACCUCACCAUUGUGCCGUCGGGCUACAGCGAGAUAGCCAACAUCCCAGUGGACAAGCCGGGCCGGCGGCUGUACAACGUCCGCGGGCCCUUGCUGCAGGAGGCCGUGUCGGUCGUGGUCCAGAUCGACGCCGCCGACGGCAACAAGCUCGUCACCGUCCGCUCGCCCCUGCAGAUCCGGAACCACUUUUCUGUGCCGUUCAGCGUCCUCCAGUUCUGCCCCUCGGCCCGCAGCCUGCAGCCGAUCGGGCUCGCCCACCCCGAGAAGGAAUUCCACAUUCCGCUGGAUGCGUACAGGCGGCAGCUGUACGUUCGUCCGGCUUCCGGUCUGUCGUCCGAGUACGGUCCGUCGUCCACGUGCGUGUCCUGGAAGGAGGAAGUGCACCGCAGCUCGGAGGUGCGCUCGCAGCUGCAGUGCCCCCCGCUGGACGCAGGCGGCGGCGUACUUCCUCUGAUGGUCAGCACGCUCGCCGCGCCCGACGCCCUCAACCACAUCGCCAGUCGCGGGGAGGACGACUGGGACCCGGCCUACGUCCUCCACCUGCGCCCCGUGGCCACGCUCAGGAACCUGCUGCCGUACACGCUCAGAUACAUGAUGGAGAAUUGUGCGGAUUCUUACGAGCUGGCGGAGGGGAGCUCGUCUGACCUCGUGAACGCUAGCGUUUCCGGAGAGAUCGUGUCUCUGGUUGUGCUGCGAUACCAGGGCCGCGACUGGCACGGGCACCUGCGCGUGGACCGGAAGAUGCCCGAAUUCCUGGCCGUGUGCCUGAUGUGCGACUCUGACGCCACCCUGACUUUGGACCUGAGCGUCCACGUGUCACCGGCGCCGGGGCGACUUCUGCUCUCCAUUUUCAGUCCCUUCUGGAUCAUCAACAAGACCCGCCGGGUCCUGCGGUACCGGGCCGAAGACGUCAGCGUCAAACAUCCUUCGGACGUCAGAGACAUCGUCCUCUUCUCGUUUCGGAGGAAGAACAUCCUCAGCAAGAACAAGCUUCAGCUGUGCGUGUCCACCAGCUCCUGGUCGGACGGCUUCUCCCUGGACACGGUGGGAAGUUACGGCUGCGUGCGUUGCCCCGGCAGCAACAACGCGGACUUCCUGGUGGGCGUGAGCAUCCAGAUGAGCAGCUUCAACCUGACCAAGAUGGUCACCAUGAGUCCUUUCUACACGCUGGUCAACAAAUCGUCUUAUGAGCUGGAGGUCGGCGAACCGACCAGCGCCGCCACCAGGUGGCACUACAUCUCCCCCACUGAGUGUCUUCCUCUGUGGCCCGAGAGCAGUUCCGCAAAAUUGUGCGUGCGUGCAGUGGGCGCCGAGCGGGCGUCCAAGUUUUUCUUCUUCAAUCGCCAGGACAACGGCACCCUUCUCAGCCUGGACACGUGCGGCGGGAUCGUGGUGGACGUCAACGUCUCGGACCACUCGAGCGUCGUCAGCUUCGGCGACUACUAUGAGGGCGCGGCCCCCGCCCUCCUGAUCAACCACACGCCCUGGGUGGACAUCGGCUACAAGCAGAGCGGUUGUUCCACCGUCCACCAGCUGAAGCCCGGCGAGGCUCGACGCUUCACCUGGGACGAGCCCACCGGGGUUCGGACGCUCAGCUGGAGCUGCAUGGAACAUUCCGGAGAGACCGACCUUCUCAAGGACGAGUUGGGUCAGUUUUCGUACGACAGCCUGUCCGAGGUUCACUGGGUGUCGUUCCUGGACGGCCGUCAGCGUGUCCUGAUCUUCACCGAAGAUGUCGCCGUGGUGACCAAAGCCCGCCAGGCCGAGGAACUGGAACAGUUCCAACAGGAAAUCCAGGUCUCGCUCCAGAACCUCGGACUCUCCCUGGUCGAUAACGGCAGCCGCCAGGAAGUCGCCUACGUCGGCAUUCCCAGUUCCGGCGUGGUGUGGGAGAUGAAGAGGAGGAAUCGUUGGAAGCCGUUCAGUCAGAAGCACAUCAACUUGUUGGAGAAGUCGUACCGGAGCGUUCAGAGCGGCAAGUCGGCGGGCACGUGGACCAAAGUGGACGUCGACCUGGAGGUGAACCUGAGCGCCGCCAUCAUGAUGAUGCGGCGGCCAUUUCCCUGCCCGAUCCGGAGGAACUUCCUGUCAGGCAUCCAGGUGGAGUUUAAACGAUCCCAGCACCAGCGAAGUCUGAGGGCCCGGCUGCAUUGGCUGCAGGUGGACAACCAGCUUCCGGGCGCCAUCUUCCCCAUCGCGUUCCACCCGGUUCCUCCUCCCAAGUCCAUCGCUCUGGACUCAGAGCCCAAGCCCUUCAUCGACGUGUCGGUUAUCACGCGCUUUAACCAACACAGCAGCGUCACGCAGUUCAAGUACUUCAUGGCGUUGGUCCAGGAAAUGGCAGUGAAGAUCGAUCAAGGCUUCCUGUCGGCCAUCUUGGCUAUGUUCACGCCUGCCGCUGACCGUCGGGCCGAAGGACAGAAGAGUCAUCUGAUCCAGAAAGAUGUUGAGCUCCUGCAGGCCGAACUGAUGGAAAGUUCCCUGAGUGACGCGUCGGGACUCAACUUCUUUGAACACUUCCACAUCUCCCCCAUCAAGCUGCACCUGAGUUUGUCGCUGGGCUCCAGCGACGAAGGCUCGGCCCAGGACGCCGCCGCCGCCGUCCAGUCGCUCAAUCUGCUCCUGAAGAGCAUCGGCGCCACGCUGACCGACGUGGACGACCUCGUCUUCAAGCUGGCCUACUUCGAGGUCACGUACCGGUUUUACCGCAGGGAGAAGCUGAUGCGGGCGGCGGCGCGACACUACAGCGAACAGUUCUUGAAGCAGCUGUAUGUCCUGGUUCUCGGUCUGGAUGUGCUGGGAAACCCGUUUGGACUGAUCCGAGGUCUCUCCGAGGGUGUGGAGGCCUUCUUUUACGAGCCUUUUCAGGGGGCGGUCCAAGGUCCCGAGGAGUUUGCUGAAGGUUUUGUGAUCGGCGUGCGCAGCCUCCUGGGUCAUACUGUUGGUGGCGCCGCGGGCGUGGUGUCCAGGAUCACGGGCUCGGUGGGCAAAGGCCUGGCGGCCAUCACUAUGGACAAAGAGUACCAACAGAAACGGAGAGAGGAGAUGAACAGAACCCCCAAAGACUUUGGGGAGAGUUUGGCCAAAGGCGGGAAAGGAUUACUCAAGGGUGUCGUCAGCGGCGUCACCGGCAUCGUCACCAAACCGGUGGAGGGGGCCAAGAAGGAGGGCACGGCGGGUUUCUUCAAAGGCAUCGGCAAAGGUCUGGUGGGUGUGGUGGCCCGGCCCACGGGCAGCAUCGUGGACAUGGCCAGCAGCACCUUCCAGGGCAUCCAGAGAGUGGCAGAGUCCACGGAGGACGUGAGUAAACUUCGCCCGGUCCGACUGAUCCGAGAAGACGGAAUCAUUCGACCCUACGACCUCAAUGAGUCGAAAGGCUUUGACCUUUUUCAGCGUUGCGAGCUCAAGCAGCUGGAAGGCGAAGUCUUCCGAGAUCAGUGUCCUUAUCCCGGACACAGAAAGACCAACGUCAUCGUCACGAACAGGAGGGUUGUGUGCGUGAAGGAGAUGGAUUUUGUGGGUCACUUCAACAAAGACUGGGAGUGUUUGUUCGAAAACUUCUACUGCGCUCCCAACGUCAGCGGAACGCGCCUCAACAUCUACUGCAAGGAGCAUCACAUGUUGAAACUUCCCAAAAAAGAGGCUCACCAAUCGACUCGCAGUAUCGAGCUGAGAGAUGAAAACACAGCACAGAGGAUGCUGGUGUCCAUCUCGGACGCCCGAGCGGCGCACCAGCAGCGGCGCAUGAGCAGGCAAAAGUCUCAGCGCUUCCUCAAAGCCGCCGGCAAGCCGUGAUGCCGCGACAUCACUUCCUGUCUGCGACAUCGCCCGCUUCCUGGGAGAGCGCUGAGGUCAAGUUUGGUUCGGACUGCAGACGUGAUCAAAGUCAGUUGUUUUAUUCAUUGACUUUAGUAUUUGGCUUAUGUACAUAUAUACACGCGCGCGCACACACAAUUAUUCACUCUUUUUUAGUGUGUCAUAAUCACUUUAUUUUUUGUAUUAUUUUGCGGACAGUUGAUGAAUGUUUGUGAGGUAUCGGUGGUCCGGUUAUUGUACUUUGAAAUAAUAAAUAAUAAGUUUUGUUGCUUUGUGUGCGUGCGCCAGUCAAAGUAAUCAUUGAAAUCCCCAAAUUUGGUGACAUUUUGGUUUACUUUACAUCUACGUUUACAUGCUCUAAUUGAAAUAUAUCUUUUUAAUCAAGUUAUAGUUUGUUUCCUCCUUGUUGUCAUGACAAAAAUUGAAACCUCAACCAACACGCGCACACACCCGUUUCCCUCCAUUUGAUGAUGUGCGUAUUCACGUCCAUAUUCUCAUUGAAUGUUGACAUUCUUACAUGUGAACUGUGGUUCAGAUCAAAUUCUAAUUGUUGUACAUUUUUCUUCAUCUGAGGCCAAAAUGAAAAAAUGAAGUCAUUAAAAGAGUUUUGUAUGCAACUGA